AUUGCUGAGGCGCAGGCAAAGGCUCAGGCAGCUUUAGCACAAUACUUGGCUCAGAGCAAGAAUCUAGCGCUACAACACUCGCAGCUGCAGCAGAAGAAAGAAGAGAAGAAGGAUAAUACUCGUCCCAUUAGCAGUACUCCUGUUAGUGGAACUGCUUGGUGUGUAGUAUGGACUGGAGAUGGAAAGGUAUUCUUCUAUAAUCCAUCCACAAAGACAUCUGUUUGGGAGCGACCGCCUGAAAUGUACGGAAGAGCUGAUGUUGAUGUGCUUGUCAGCAAAUGUCCCGAGGUCAAAAAGGAUGAGCCAGAGCAUGCGAACGCUGAAGGUGAUUCUGAUGGCUCUGAUGAAGAAACUGAAGAUGGAGGACCACCGAAGAAGAAGAGUCGUUCCGAACGCAAAAAGGAAGCUCUGCUAGCUCAGCAGAAAAAGGAUAAGGUAAAAGCAACGGAGAAACCUGUCCGCCAAAUGCUAGAGAAACCAAUAGAUCCAGCAGUUCAAGCUGAGCUUCAGGCGCAGCGUGAUCGUGAGAAGGUUGUGCGGCAAGGUGUAAAAGUUUUACGCAAAUAA